AUGUCAUUUAAAUUAAGUUGGGGAGGUUUUGAUGAAAAGUUUUACGAAACAUUGAAAACAUCACUAAAUACAACAUUAAAUAGUGGACCACCAAUUCCAAACAUUACAGAUAAACUAUUAGUUCAUAAUAUUCAUUUAGGUGAUAUUGCACCAAAUAUUCAAUUAUUAGAAGUCGAUCCAUCAAUCAAUCGUUUAAAAUUCGUUUUUAAAAUAAAAUAUAAUGGCAAUGGUUUAUUAGAAUUAAGAACAAUGGUUCAAGCAAAUCCAAUAUAUAUGGCAACAACAAUUACAUCAUCUAAACAAGAAAGAGAAUUAAUUAAAAGGCUUAAAUUUGGGUCAGCUGCAAAUCCACAUAUUGUGCCAUUAAGUAUAACUAUUAGAGAUAUUGAAUUUGAUGGUGUUUUGUCAGUUUCAAUUUUAAAUAAUGAUAAUAAUAAUAAUAAUAAUAAUAAUAAUAAUAAUAAUAAUAAUAUUGCAGGAUCAGCAGGUGGUAGUAGUAGUAGUAGUAGUAGUAGUAAUAAUAAUAAUAAUAGUAAUAAUAGUAAUAAUAGUAAUAAUAAUAAUGGUGGUGGUAAAAUCGAAGCAUUUUUUACAGAAGAUCCAUUAAAAAAGGUUAAUAUAGUUACAAGUUUUGAUGAUUUUCCAGCUGCUGCUAAAUUUGUUUCAACAUUAGUUGAGGGUCAAUUAAGAGAUUUCAUAACAAAAGAAUUCCCAACAAUUGUUGGUUCAAUUACUAUUCCAGUCGGCCCAACUGCUGUAGUACCAACAAGCACUUCAAAUGAAAUAACUUUAUUACCAACAACAACAACAACAACAACAACAACAACAACAACAACAACAACAAAUAAUAACAAUAUCAUUAGUAUCGAUAAUAAUACAAAUAAUAGUAAUAAUAAUAAUAAUUCACCAAAUAUAUCAACAUCGACAUCAACAUCAUCAUCACCUCAACUAUCAUUUGAUGGUAGUAAUAAUAGUAGUAUAAAUUCAUCGCCACAAUUAAUAUCAAUUACACCUCUGCCAAUUUCACCUCUUUUGGAAAAUAAUAUAAGUUUUGAUAAUCCAUUUGAAAAGCAAAAUAAAAAAGGAUUUAUCAAUUAA